UCACGCGCCGCUCCACAUCAGUCCGUUUGAAGCCGCUGCAGGAUGGAGGUUCGGGUCUGGGUCUCAGUCCUGACCUGCUCCUGGAUCUUCUGUUCAGUUCGGUCCGCUCCCGCUGCAGAGACGGCCCCGGGCGGCCCGCCGCGGCACGUGCGCAACAAGCGCUGCUCGUGCGCCACUUUCCUGGACAAGGAGUGCGUGUACUUCUGCCACCUGGACAUCAUCUGGGUCAACACACCUGAGCGCGUGGUCUCCUACGGGCUGGGGGACGCGCCGCGGGCCAGGCGCGCGCUCACCGACUCCAGGGCGCCCGGGCGCGCGGACAGGUGUCGCUGCGCGCGAGAAACCGACCGAACCUGCGCGAACUUCUGCCUCAGGUGGGAGACCGCGGCGAGCGACAGACAGGCGCAGAGUAAAGAGACAGACAGGAUGGAGGUUAUAAACAACAAACCGGUGUCGCCCCCGGUGCUCGCGAUCAGAACCCGAGCGCUGCUGGAGAAGUGGACGAUGGCGAGGCGGCGCCACAGGGCGAAAGCGUGGCGGGACGAGAGCUCGGCCUCCUAAAGGGACGCUUUCCUCCCGGGGGGGUGAGGGGGUCAUCGGGACCGGAUCCUGCCGGAUCGGACCUCAGAGCCGGACUGAACUCGUCAAACUGAGGCAGAACCAUCUGAUCUGCAGGAGCUUCUG